AUCACAUCAUACCAAUUUCAACCAAACUUAGUAUGAACUAGAUACUGCCGCGCGUUUGGGCAUUCGACACACUGCUAGUAGCCGGUCUGCCGAUGUUACCGAUGGCUGCGUGCAAACUAAAAACAACGAGAAAGCACCUCCAAAACUCCCCGGCAAGCCGCGCCUCACCCAACCACUCAACCCACCAACGGUACUCGCUGCCGUUCCACACCGCACGGGCCUCCCCCUUUUCAAAAUCUCCACGUCUUUUGUUUGGCGCUCCCCUUAAAUCCACUUGCUCUGACUCUCCAGAAACUAUCAAUCGCUCACCCACCAGUCAGUCAGUGCUAGUAGCUGGCAAGGAUGCCGCAAAUCAAUCUGGAGUCCCUCUUCUGCGGCGGCGGCGAGGCGGGGUCGAGGGUGGCGUGCGAGACCAUCGCGCUCCCCGGCUGCUCCGACGCCCCAGCGGAGUCGCGCUGCGUGCGGAUAGGGGACGGCGCCAUCUGGGCGGAGUUGGCCGGCGGCGCGGUGCUGGAGAGGGAUGGCUCCACCAAGGGCAGCUCUAAUCCCAAGGCGGCCGCUGCGUCCGGGAAGGGGAAGAAGGGCGGGCCACGGCCGUCGUCGGCUGAGUCGAGGAGGCUGCCGGUGACCGGCAAGGCGGCCGUCGUGAUCUGCGGUCUGCCGGCGGGAAAGAUGGUCGCGCAGAAGAAGCGGCUGUCCCCAUGCCUUGGCCGCGGAUGGCGCCGGGCACCCGCGGCGGCGGGGGCCAGGGUCUUCGCGAGCGAGGCGGUGGAGACGGAUCCCGGGUCCCCGAAGGUUUCGUGCUUUGGGGCCGUGCGGUCGGAGAGGUCGCCGGCGACGGCGGCGGCGGCGCCUGCGCCUCCCGUGGAGGACGAGGAGAGGAACGGCGGGUGCUGGGCGAGCGUGGCUGCCACGCUGCGUCACCUAUGUCGUUCUUCCAGCAAUCCGCUCGAAGGUGAGCUGGAGACGAACGAGUGGAACGCAACGGCGACUUCGUCACCGACGGUCGCCGCUCUUUCGCCGCCGCGGCCGGUGGCGGUUGGGCUGGGAGAGAUGAAGCGCCUUGCUUCACGGCGGUGGCCGGAGACCAUGGCAGUGGCUGGGCAGGGACCAGUCUCGGCGGCCUGAAUCUGGUAUAUCGACGGAUCACGGUCCCCGAGGCAAACAACCAUCCGUUCUUAGUACUUGGAACAGCAUCUCCCGUGCUAAUAUCCAGUUGUUAACUCUGAAAAAAGUCAUCUUUAUCUUCUUCUGCUUGUGCAUGUGUGACACUUUUCUUUAUUGAGCAAGCUGCUCCUUGUACCUUGUGUUGUCGUCGAUGUUAGACUAGAUUAAUCACUCACUGGACUUUCUACACUGUAGAACCAUUGCAAUGCAUCAACCAAAUUCUCUUGA